GGUUCACUUGUGCUGCAGAAUGGCAUAACAACUAUAUAUCUAUAGAUGGAAUAAUUUCCUUCAAUCAAAAAUAAUUUUUAUAUCAAAUUGUCUUUAAUUACUUUCAAAUUAUUUAUUACUGAAGGUAAUAUCCGUCGUAAAUACAAAAAAAUAGCAUUAAAUGUGAAAUAUUUGAAAUGGGUACAGAUAUUGACCACAAACAAAAUUGAUAUCAAUUCUGCGUAACGAUCUGGAUCUAUGGUCAAUAUGUUCUUAUUACAGUGCUCACAUACGCCGUAAAUAAGAUAAAAAUGCUUUGUUGUGAUUUCAGCAAUAUUCAGUGACAUGUUACUAAAUAAAAAUUCUUUUAAAAUAAUGUUACGUAUAGGAAAUAUACAUUCUGGUGGAAAACAUUAUAUAAAUUUUACAAGUACAAUUGUAUCUGCCUUGGCAAUCCCUUGUAUUUUUUAGCAACUUGCCUAAAGCCAAAAGUGCGUUAACUUCACAAAUUGAUUUUUAGUGCUUAUUUCAACUGGUCUUAAGCAGCCAGACUGUGUCGCUCCCUUGGGUAAGUGCUUAACCUUUACCCUGCUAAAUUUCUAAAAUGGACUAGUCCAUCAUUCAAUUUGGGGAGUACCAUUUAUUAUUCCAAAGGGAGUUCACUGAAAAUUUACUGACUGAAUAGCGAAAAGUGCAGACCAUGAUGAUCAGCCAUGGUCUGCACUGGUCGCAAAGGCACCAGUUGCAUUCAACAGGCUUACUACUUAAUUCAGGUUUAACUGAAGUCGCAAAGACAGUAAAGACUUUAAGUCUAUCGUCAGCUUAUCUCAAGCAAUAAAUAAUACUGAACUUUUAAUUAUUUAUACAACGUGAAAUCGAUACUGCAACACUACCGUAGUUAGGAAUGAAAAUUUAUUGUCUGUUCACGGGUUCAUUUCAUAAGAUUUAUAUAUAUAUUUUAGGUCAAGCAAUAUAUUACGUUUCUUUUCAUCAUGAUAAUAUAAAGUUUAUCUUUCACGCCACAAUCUGGCAUGCAUUUGUAUCUAAGACGAGUAGUAAUCCUUCAGUUGGAAUAUUCACUUGUGUAUAUUUGUCCUAGCUUUUUUUUGUUGAAAAAAAAAAUCACGAUUCCGGUGAUACAAUGGAUACGACUGAUGACAAAGACUUGGAAGCAAAACACAAAAAAUCAAUGUGUGAAAAGGUCACCGAAACUGGUUUCCUUGUAGCAACAUGGUUGGCUCUGGGGUUAUACCUUGAGAUAUUUGGCCCUACAUUGAUUGAUCUCAAGAUUAAACUGAACACCGACUAUGAAAAGGUAGCUGUUGCUGUGUCUGGAAGGAGCGUCGGAUUAUUUCCUGGCUGUGUAUUCGGCGGACUUCUGGUGGAUAAAUUCGGCAAAUACUGUCAUCUCAUGCUGGCUGUUUCUUUGGACGUAGCAGCUGUGGUGACGGUGUUUAUCCCAUGGUCAUUAAAUGUGGAACUUUUAUGGUUUUUGUGCUUUAUGGGCGGUUUUAUAGAGUCAGUCAUAAAUAUUGCGGGACAGCGACUUAUACUGAAGCUUUGGUUAGAGAAGGCAGCGACACCAAUGAUUCUUCUUCAUUCUGGUUAUGGGUUCGGCUCCUUUUUAAUCCCACUCUACACCAAUCCAUUUCUAGCAGUUAAACGAGAAGAUGUUGAGAACACCACCUUGACUGCCUUUGAUGAUACCUCAACAACUCCUGCAAACAUUAUGCUUAAUAGUACAGUCCCGCCAGAGUAUAUUAAGGAAUCAAGGAUAGAAUAUUCGUAUGCUAUCUCCGCGGCUCUGGUUGCUUUGCACUCUUUAACAUUUUAUACUUAUCAAAUACGUGAAAGACGAUAUCAAACAUUUUGCAAUAGUGAGGCUGAAACUGUAAAGAAAGAAAAUACGGAAACAGAAGGAAAAGCAGCUGAGGAUCGGACUUUUCUACAAAUGAUAAAUCCCGCUACGUGUGCAGGAGGUCGGAUGUGUUACGGCGUCCAGAUUUUCGUCCUUCUGUUUUUUUACUUUGCUAAUGUGGGUGGUGGUGAACGAGUUAUUGCCGGAUUUGUUCGCAGUUAUUCCAUUGACCAGUUGGAUUUCUCGAAAGACAACGGUUCGUAUAUCAACACCGCUUUCUGGAUCAGCUUCUUGGUCGGCCGGGUUGGUUUUUCUGUCGCUGCCAAGUGGAUUUCGGUGCGAAUUUUGGUUCUAGUGCAAUCAGGCGGAUUAACGGUUGUUGCGAUACUAAUGGCAAUACUUGCUAACAAAAGUUCCUUAGCGUACUGGAUACUAGUCCAACCACUUGGUAUAUUUCUCGCACCUCUUUGGCCGUCAGGUGUGGCAUGGGCAGACUUUCAUCUUGAAUUAACGGGGAUGGGAAUGAUGCUUAUACUUCUCGGUGGCUCUGUCGGCGGCAUAGGUCAUUUAAGAUUGAUUGGGUAUUUAUAUGAACAUAUUGGUUAUUACACAUUUUUGUACCAAGUGCUUGGUUAUGCUAUCUUGUCUUUCGUUGUUGCUGUAUUGUUAGAUUUGGUUGGAGCCCAGCACGGAAGUAGGUUUAACUGGAAUAAAACUGACAACGAAAAUGUUUAUUCACUGGAGAAGAGCAAAGAGAAUAAUGUUGUUGAAUCAACGAAAUUUUGAAUACGGGUUGAGUUACAGAUCGAUUUUCUUUUUAGUGAAUUGAAUUUGUAUAUCUUUUGAGAUGAUAGGUUACUAUAAUUUCUUAGCAAAACAAAUCAUACGAUUUCCAUCAGUGCUUACCUGACAAGCGAUAUAUAUUAUAUAUACAAUCUACCAAAGAAAUUUCUACCAGGCUAGAGAUCUUAACAAGACGGGGAUUCAACCUACUGUUUACAAAACACUAAAAUUUACUGGGACUUUUUGUUUUCAUAGAAAUAAUCCCUGUAAAAAUGGUUAUCGUUUGGGUUAAAACACUCACGCUAGAAUGACGUCACGUUAACGUGUGGUGACGUCGAUGUAUGUUUUUGUUGCGACCAAGAAAGAGCGCUACUAUAUUUUAUCUACUGUUUUAGAUUAAGGGCAUAAUUAAAUCGAAAUAAUUUAUAGCAAAAGAGUGUUUUAACACUUUUUUUGCACUCGGGUGGUAAUACGUCGUACAAAUAAUUUCACUCGGGCUGCGCUCUCGUAAAAUUUUUACGCCCGACGUAUAACCGCCCAUCGUGCAUAAAUAGUGAUAAAACACUCUUUUGCUAUAAAUUAUUUUUUAAAUAUCAUUAUGACGUUCUUGUCUAUUUGAUCAAGGAAUAUGUUUCAUGCGUUUCUUGUUAGUUUGUUUUUUUCUUGUUAUUUUUUUACACCAUUUCAGUUUAGACUUGAAUUUCAUUCUAUACAUUGUCAUCUGACUACUUGUUUACAUGUAAAAAUGAUAAUAGUUACUAUAUGUGUUUACCUGUUAAGUCUUUGUUCUCUAUUUUAUAAUCAGUAUCCUAGAAAAUACAAUAAAAUGUAUAAGAAAAUUCUUUGGAUUGUAG